UACAACAAUCUUUUAGGAAUUCCGAGAUACCUUGAUUUCAAAGUUGGACAUCAGUGAUGACAGAGCUAGCAGCUAAUUCUGACCAAAGCGUACCGUUCAAUUAUAUCUAACACCUGUUACACCUUCUACUGAUGUCCUACAUCUAGAGUAUGAUAAGAUAAUUUAUUUUAUUCUCAUUUAAGCAAUUCUUAGAAAAACAACAAUAAAAUUCACUAGUAAAAAUACAAAAUUCCUCUGCCUUUUCUUUUUCAUACAUUGAUUAUUAGCUUUAAUUUUAAUUUGACAAAAUAUUCAGCAAAAAGAUCAAAAAAUGGAAACCCCAACACUAAUCUCCAUCUUAAUUUCAUUAGUAAGUAUAGUAAUUGUAACAAGUAUAAUUAAAGUGGUGAAUUGGGUAUGGUUAAGACCCAAGAAACAAGAGAAAUGGUUAAGAAAUCAGGGUAUACCUGGUACUUCUUACAAGCUAUUCUUUGGUGAUAUGAAAGAUUACUCCUUCUUGUGUAAUCAAGCUUUGAAAAACCCCAUGAAUGGCUUCUCCAAUGUUUACUUUCUGCGUGUCGACCCUCUUCGUCAUCAUUUAGUUACCAACUUUGGACAGGACUAUUUCAUUUGGGCUGGUGCAACACCAAUGAUAAACAUCUCGAACCCUGAGUUGAUUAGAGAAGCCUUAACAAAUAUGAAGGAUUUUCAUAAACCGAGGUUGAACCCAAUCGUUGACAAGCUAUUCCCGGGGUUUGUCAAUUAUGAAGGAGAUAAAUGGGCUACACAUCGAAAAAUUAUAAGCCCUGCCUUUCACAUGGAGAAGUUAAAGCUUGUGUUGCCUGCAUUCUAUGAUGGUAGUGUGGAGAUGAUCACUAAAUGGGAGAAGAUUUUAGAUGAAGAGGAUUCUAAUGAACUAGAUGCGUGGCCAUAUCUUACUACACUUUCGGCUGAUGUGAUCUCUAGAGCAGCAUUUGGUAGUAGCUAUGAGGAAGGACAACAAAUAUUCGAACUUCUCAAGGAGAUGACUGUCAUGGCUCUUAGUACUCUGCAGUCAGUAUACAUCCCAGGACUCCGGUACGUUCCAACAGCGAAUAAUAGGAGGUUGAAGAAAGUCGAAGAUCAAAUACACACGUUACUAACACGAGUUAUUAACAAGAGGAAGCGGGAAAUUGAAGCUGGAGAUCCACCAAAAUUUGACCUAUUGGGAACACUCAUGGAUUCCAAUCAGAAAGAGACACAAAAUGCUGUUGGCAGUGUCAAGAAUCAACAGCUUGAAAUGAAUCUUCAGGAAGUGAUGGACGAAUGUAAACUAUUCUACUUUGCUGGACAAGAGACUACUUCAGUACUACUAGUUUGGACAUUGAUUUUAUUGAGCAAGCAUCAAGAUUGGCAAGCACGAGCACGGGAAGAAGUGUUGCAAACAUUUGGAUUUAGUGUGCCAGACUUUAAAGGUCUAAGUCAUUUGAAGACAAUGAGCCUGAUUCUGUACGAGGUAUUGAGGUUAUAUCCACCAGCAAUCCAACUAAACCGGAGGAUUUACAAAGACACAAAACUAGGAAAACUAUCGCUUCCUGCAGGGGCAAUAGUUACUUUCCCAGUACUUCUUGCUCAGCGAGACAAGAAAUCCUGGGGUGAUGAUGCGGAUGACUUCAAGCCAGAUCGAUUUUCCGAAGGAAUUUUUAAGGCAACAGGGGGAAGUAACUCAUUCUUUCCCUUUGGUUGGGGACCAAGAAAAUGUAUUGGGGAAAAUUUUGCUAUGAUUGAAGCUAAAAUGGCAUUAUCAAUGAUUCUACAGCGCUUUUCCUUUGAGCUUUCGCCGAACUAUGUUCAUGCACCCAUGACUGUCAUAUUUCUACAGCCACAACAUGGUGUUCAAAUUAUACUACACAAGCUGUGAGAACAUACAAGUAGGGUUUAGAGAGUGAAUUAGUUUUAUUCGAGUGAUCAGCGUACAUACCCGUGCUGUACGAGCAUUAUACAGACCGGGGUAUGUUGGUCAUUUUCUAUAUAACUUUAAAAUUUAAUGAUAUAUUUAGUGUAUCAUUAGAAACAUAAAUGGUAUCAUUAAAGUCUUAAUGUGCCUAUCAGAUAUCACAUUAAUAUCAUUGAAAUUUACUUAGUCCAUAAAAUUCUAUUUGUACUACUAGAAAUAUAU